GAACCAAACCAUUUUCGUUCACCACCUGCUCAGUCCCGACUUUCCCUGAUCCCUGCUCGUCUAGCUGACCACGGCAUAGUCGAUUUUUGAGACGUCUCAAAACUGACCAACGCAUAGCAGCCACACCCUCGGGUUCCUCCUUCGUCGCCGCGCUUGGCGAUUGUUCUGGAAAAUUCACUGAAAAGUGACUCUAGCGAAAUCUGCAUCAACGUGAAUCUAACGAAAGCGCUGCAUCUGAUGGCUUUGAUCCCGUCGGUCGCGCGGCUCCCUCAGCUGUCGCCUGUGGCGCUCCUCUCCUUCGUCGUUGUUGCCGCGAUCGUCGCGGCGCUCCUCCCCUACAGCGACGCCAUUCGCCUCGCCGCGUCGCCGGAUGCGACCAUCCUCACGCCGCAGCUGGACGUUCUCCGUCAGCUCGGCGCGCAGUCGGGCAGCGGCUUCGCGGGGUUCAAGUCGUGGACGGCAGCCGGCAGCCCCGCCAAGUGCGCGAAAUACGCUGGCGUCACGUGCGACGCGGAGGGGAGGAUCACUGGCAUCAAUGUCACGGCCGCCAAUCUCAAGGGCCCCAUCGACGCCCUCUCCAAGCUCGACGCGCUAGAAUUUCUCGACCUGAGUUCUAACGGCGAGGUGAAAGCGUUGCCGCAGUCACUGACCAAGCUCAAAAAGCUCAAGCACCUCGAUGUGUACAACUGUUGGAUCGAGGGGCAGAUCCCAUCCUUCCUCGGCCAACUCACUGCCCUCACGUACCUAAGCAUUGGCGGUAACCCGCUAGAUGGCGCUGUUCCUUCCAGCCUUGGCAGCCUUGUCAAUCUCGUCUCCCUCAACAUCGCUGGAACAGGGGAGGACGGAGUGGGAGGCCCCCUGCCUUCUAGCUUUGCCAAUCUGAAGAAGCUCAAAGAGCUCUAUCUGCGCAACAACCGCUUCAACGGCAAGCUGCCGGACUUUAUCGGGGACCUCACUAAUCUGGAGCAGCUCAUGGUGAGCAAGAACUACUGGGAGGGCCCCAUUCCCAAGACCCUGUCUAAGCUCAAGAAGCUCAAAUACCUGGGUCUUCGUGAGACAGCCUUGGAGGGCGAGAUUCCAACGUUCCUUGGGACGCUUGAUAAGCUCACAUACCUCUCCCUCUCUGACACGCGUCUGUACGGGGAGGUGCCUAAGGCGCUCAACGGGCUCGUCAACCUCAAAGAGCUGUACCUCCAGAAUGGAUGGUUUUACGGCCCCCUGCCCAACCUCAGCAACCUGAAGAAGCUCACAGAAAUUGAUCUGACAGACAACUAUUUCUCCGGUCCCGUGCCCGCCUUCCUCCUCCGAGUCAAGUCCGUUAGCAUCAGUGGAAACUAUUUUUCCGGCUCAGCCGCCGCCCUCCCCUGCUCCGACCAGUUCUCUAUCGACCGCAACUGCCUCUCUGCUGCCCCCGCCAAGUGCGGCGGGGUCGCUAGCCAGAGGAGCACGGCUGAUUGCAACAAGUUCUGCGGGACGGCAAUGGCUGCUGGGGCGUGCAGUGGGAAGGGCGUGUGCGUGUUGGACAUGGAACAGAUGCUUGACACACAGGCUUUUGUGCCCAUCUGCAAGUGUGAGAAGGGUUAUUGGGCUUCUCACAACAAGCUGAGAUGCUCCAAGAACAACACUUCAAUGGAGAUAUGAUCAGAGAACACUUGCAAGCUUGGCGAAUGAAUAAAAAAUAGGUGUUGAAUUGUUUGUUCAGCGUUUACCUACAGUAAUAAAAUAAUGGUGUGGUUGUUUGAGUUGCACCUUUAUAGAGCUGAAUGUGGCCGGGUUUUUCAUAC